AUGCCGGCAACAAGCAUCAAGACACGAUGUGAUGUAUCCAAAUACUCAUCUGACGGCACUGUGAUCUGUUCGGUGAAGAUUGGAUCCUGGACGUAUAGCGGGAACAUCAUGGACGUCCAGAACAGGACCUCCGAGAUUGACGUCUCAGAGUACUACCAUGAUGAUCAAUGGGACAUCAUCGAACAUUCCAUGCGGAUAAAUGUUGCCUACUACAAAUGUUGUCCCGAACCCUACCCUUCCAUCAUUGCCACCAUAACUUUGAAGGUUAAAAGACAUGGUCCUUUGGGCAGGAGUAUGUUUCACUGA